CCGGGUCCUCUGGGCGCUCCGGGAGCUGACGAAGAGGACCGCCGCCCAGCAGUAGACGCUGUCUCGGCCAGCCGGACCGCAGUCUCCGCGGUGUGUGAGUGAGCCCGGGCCUGGUCCCCUCUCCCGCCGCCGCCAUGGGCUGCACAUUGAGCGCCGAAGACAAGGCGGCGGUGGAGCGGAGCAAGAUGAUCGACCGCAACUUGCGGGAGGACGGGGAGAAAGCGGCCAAAGAAGUGAAGCUGCUGCUACUCGGUGCUGGAGAAUCUGGUAAAAGCACCAUCGUGAAACAGAUGAAAAUCAUUCAUGAGGAUGGCUAUUCAGAGGAUGAAUGUAAACAAUAUAAAGUAGUUGUCUACAGCAAUACUAUACAGUCCAUUAUUGCAAUCAUAAGAGCCAUGGGACGGCUAAAGAUUGACUUUGGGGAAGCUGCCAGAGCAGAUGAUGCCCGGCAGUUAUUUGUUUUAGCUGGCAGUGCUGAAGAAGGAGUCAUGACUCCAGAACUAGCAGGAGUGAUUAAACGAUUAUGGCGAGAUGGUGGGGUGCAGGCUUGCUUCUGCAGAUCCAGAGAAUAUCAACUCAAUGAUUCUGCUUCAUAUUACCUAAAUGAUUUGGAUAGAAUAUCCCAAACCAACUACAUUCCAACUCAGCAAGAUGUCCUGCGAACAAGAGUGAAGACCACAGGCAUUGUGGAAACACAUUUCACCUUCAAAGAGCUGUACUUCAAAAUGUUUGAUGUAGGUGGCCAAAGAUCAGAACGAAAAAAGUGGAUUCAUUGUUUUGAGGGAGUGACAGCAAUUAUCUUCUGUGUGGCCCUCAGUGAUUAUGACCUUGUUCUGGCUGAAGAUGAGGAGAUGAACCGAAUGCAUGAAAGCAUGAAACUGUUUGACAGCAUUUGUAACAACAAAUGGUUUACAGACACUUCAAUCAUUCUCUUCCUCAAUAAGAAAGACCUUUUUGAGGAAAAAAUAAAGAGGAGUCCAUUAACUAUCUGUUACCCAGAAUACACAGGUUCCAAUACAUAUGAAGAAGCAGCUGCUUACAUUCAGUGCCAGUUUGAAGAUCUGAACAGAAGAAAAGAUACCAAGGAGAUCUACACCCACUUCACCUGUGCCACAGACACCAAGAAUGUGCAGUUUGUUUUUGAUGCCGUUACAGAUGUCAUCAUUAAAAACAACUUAAAGGAAUGUGGACUCUAUUGAAGAGUGUGGCCGUCAAUGAAAGUUAUUACAGUGUGGAGUGUUGAGACCAGACUUCUCUUGCUGUCUCAUUGGGCAGCUGCAAGCAUGAACGGGACCAGGGAAUGGCAGCAGCAUGCAGAAUCUUAGCACUCUUUAGCACAAUCUUCUGUAUUAGGGAACUCUUAAUUGACACGAGAUGCUAAAGUCAGACAUUGGAAUUGGAACAGUUGUAAAGUAUGAUUCACUCAUCAAGACAUCACUUGGAUUUCAUAAUCUCAAAUGUUUAGGGCAGAUGUGAAGUUGAGGUGCUGCAUUCCAGAACUUCAAUAUGUAGCUUACUCUUUUUUUUCCUUCUUGACAGACAACCAAUAGUUCUUUUUUAAAGUUUUUUUUUUCAUCAAGAAUAACUUUACUAAAUUUUAUUUUUCUGUUUGCAAAAGAAUCUAUUAAAACACAGAGUCUUAACUAUGCACAUGAUGAGAUCAUCCUGAAAAUAUUCCUCUUAGUAGGACUCUGUUUUUAACUCUUGAUAUGGUCAAAACAAUUUUUCCGUAAUUACUUAAUUCUUCAUAGUAUUGGGGCAAUAAUUAUGGCAUUUUUGGAUGAAAUUUAUGUUACUAUCCUUUUGAAAGUACCAUUAUGAUUUCUAAAUGGUAAUUAUAUUGGAGAGUUUUGUAAUAGGAUUCUAGCUCUUUUUUUUUUUUAAAGCUUAGGGUUGAAAGUUAACCUGGUUUAUGCUUACUAGAUAAAUGCUUCUGUAGUAUGAUAAAGUCAGCUUCUUGAAUCCAGACACAACACAGGGCAUCUGCCGGUCAGAAAUGCAAAUUGCUAAAUUUGAAACAGAACCAGUGACUUUGCUGCUACAUAGCUACUAAAUUGACCGCUUUGAUUCUUGCUUGUCUGUCUGUCAUGGGGAGUUUUGUAAAAGAUGCCCCUUGUUUUUCAUCUCCCAUGGCUGUUUCUCUUGGGAAACACCUGAAGUGUAUUAAUAGCGCAUGCUUCUACUUUGUAAAUGUGGUGCCAAACCCUUGUUUGCCGUUGUUUUUAUUGUAGCAAUGUUAAUUGUAGUAAUCCUUAGUUAGUGCCUUCUUUUGCCGAAACUAUUGCAUUUUGGGACCUUUUUCCACUUUGUCGUGUGUACAGAUUUUAAUCUGUUAUAGUUGGCAGCAGUAUUAAAAUGGUGAGUAAAGAGUCCAGGUUUGUUCCUGUUUGUAACUAGUCCUCUCUGGAAUAUUUUCUACUGUUCUUUUUGCCCCCACUGAGUGUGCUUUGGCCUUUGUCUGAAAAUGGGUUUAGGAAGAAGGGUUCCCUGAAGGUCUAGUCUUUUGGUAUAAUAGUAUUGUUGAAUCUUGGCCAGACUGAGGGUCUUUUGUCCUAUCUGUGUAAGUGAUAAGCAGUCCUAAUCCAUUUUCCAAAUUUACGUUUUGGUCGUGUGGAGAGCUAUGUUCACCUUAGCCUGCGGGUCCUUUUGUACAAUGUACAGCAAAUGUCAUUAAAUAUUGAAUGGUCCAUUGGAAGAAGGCAAAUGAAGAGAAUGCAUUAUGGGCAUUCCGUAUCAGUAGUUUGAGCAGUGCCUUAUAGGGUCCAAUCUUUUAGGAUUGAAUUCUAUUUCAUAUUUUAAUGUGACCUUUCACUAGUUUAAAAGAAAAAAUAAGUUUCAUGGUCAUCAAAGCUGGUUCAGAAAGCAAGCCACAGUAGUUCGGUGCCUUUGUUAGUAGUUUUUUUUUUUCUUACACCUUUUUGGAAAAAUAUUAACUAUGCAGAUGGAAAACUAUUAUCUAACAGGGUUUAGGGUUGGGAAUAUUGGAUCUGAAAGCAAGAAUAUUAGCUUCAGUUGGUGUUUGACUUAUACCCACAAUGUAAAUAGGGUCGAUAGUACUUGUUCAUUUUGAAUAUAUCUUUUUCUUAUUGUAUUCUGUAAUAUAGGAUCAUCUGGAAUGAGACCUGGUCCAAUGUUGUUUUAACUGUAGUCCUUUUGUAGUCUGGGUUAAUGGGAUGGUAUUGUUGAUAACCCAAAAUAACAGAUAAUCCAAAAAAGUUAAUUUUACUUUGAAAUGCAUUUUAUAUUUUCAUUUGAAUACAUCUAUCUGAUACAUUCAUUUUUUUAGCCCUUCUAUUAAUGAAAAACAGUAGUUCUCCACUUUUCUGCCACUACACCAUUUAUCUUGUUCUGUAUUUACAUUAAGAUCAUCUCCCCUGCCACACCAUUCCAGAUAAUUUAUCUAAAUGCACAUUCCUUGAGGACGCAAUAUAAGUCAGUGGUUUUCAAAUAUGCUUUAAGUCAAAAUCACUUCGCUCCAUCUUAGAGAUUGAUUCUUGGCCAGUAGGCUAGCAGUCUAUAAUUUUAAAACGGUUAUUCUUAUCAUCAGUCUUGCAAAUCACUAUUGUAUUUUAAAAUAAAAGAUUUUUUUCUUACAGCAGAGCCAGAAUGUGGGGAUGAAACAUCAUAUCUACUAGCAUGGAGAAAAAGGAUUGGUAUUUGUAAUCAAAGAAACUAAAAAUUGCCUUGUGUCUUGUCUGUGGAGAAUGCUGGAGAUUGUCAUAGGUCAUGUAUCAGAAUUGAGGUGGCCAGGCUUUGGACCAUCUAAGAAAUCAGCAUGUCUAAGAAAAUUAAAUUUUAAUAAAGAACAGUGUUUAAUAGACCCUAGCAGGAAGGACAGAAAUAAUAGCUUUAUUUUUUGACAGUCAUAUCUUCUCCACCUGAUUAAAGCCUUGGGCUGUAGAAUUGCCAUCUAUUAGGCUCUCUGUAAAGAGGAAGUAUUUUGCUUCUUAAUGGCAGUUUUCACUAACCUUAUAAAAUUUAUUCUUAGAACAGAUUUCACCUCUUGGCACGAAAAUUCCAAAAACUCUUACAAGUAUUCGUAAGUGGAUCUUGAGAUGACAUUUUAUCUUCGACAGUUUGAUUUCUAAAUCUAGUAUACCAUUUUAUUAUUUCACUGAUGGAUUGUUAAUUUUCACAAGGUGCUACAUUCUAAGAAUAGAUGGACCAAAUUUUUAAAACACUGUUCUCGUAUAUUUUUUAUUCUCUUAUGUAUUCUAUUUGUAUUUUAUUAUAUGCACACUUUGGAGUAUUUAAAAAUAACUGCUGGUUCUUCUAAUUCAUUUGUGUACAUUCUUAUAUCUGGGCCACCGUUUGCAGCUGUAACUUUCUUUGGACAUUGCUUGCCUGGCCUGACUAGCUACUUCAUAUAGUUAUCCAUUUGCUUAGCAUAGUUCUGGAGUUUGCUGUCUCAGAGCUCCUUGCUGUACCGGCAGUUACGCAUAAGGUAAAGUUAGUCUCAUUCCAGGUAAACUCCACCAUUGACUGAUUUUUUUUUUCCCCCUUUCUAGAUGUUCAAAAAAUUGCAGUCUUCUCAUUUAUAAAAACCUAAAACAGCACCAAUUCCCUUCACUCAUUACUUGUGAAAUCUUUCAUAUGUGAUACUGACUUUAAGAACAAAGUUAUAUCAGUUUCCCAGUACUAACAGGGAAUUUUUGUAUUCUACUUGUCUUUAUAGUACAAAUGAGAACUCUGACUUUGGACCAGCCAUAGCUGUCCACAUAGCUUCAUAGCUGUCCAAGCACAAGAGAAAACCAGGCUGCUUUGAGGCCUGAAAUUGGAAGUUGAUCUCGCUAUUAACUAUUGAGAAGUAAAAGGAAGAUGUACGUGAGGUACUGGGGAACUGUCUUCCAGGACAGUCAGGAUCUUUGUUUCUUUACCGUUUUUUUAGGUUUUAAACACCCCCUGCACCCCAAACCCAAUUUUCUGAUAACCUUUUAUGAGUUACUUUUGCUGAGAGCAUAUUUCAGAACUCUUUAGAACAAGUCAGGGCAGGACAGUUUUUUUCUGAUACUGUGUCAGGCCUAGAUGUGGCCUGACUCAAGUCUUCUCAGGAAUAAGACAUAAUAAGGAAUGUUAUACAGGAGUAGAUGCCUGAGAUGCAAGAUUAAAAUCAUAAAUUCCUUGGUUAACUCCUACAUUAAGAUAUCAGACAUGUAUUUUUAAAUAAGUUUCUUAGGUGUUUCUGAUGCAGCUAACCUGGGGGAUAACUGAAUAGGACCUAAUAUUAAAGAUCAACACAAAUAGUAGACAGAUAACCUCAAAAUCACUAGUGAAUGAACAGCUAAAUUAUUUUUUAUUUGCCAAUAAGAAGCACCUUUUGUACAUGACUUAAAAGUGCCUUCCACCAAAAUUAUUAAGAGGACUCUUCAAAACAUUCCUACAUUUUAGAUAGACUGUUUAAUUUUUAUACAAAAUUAAAGACAAAACAAGAAACUUGGGGUUUGCAAACAUGUUUAAUGCAUUUAAUUAUGCAGUGAAAAUUGAAAGAUACACCAAAAUAAAGGUUAUUCUGUGACAGAG